AUGCCUGUGCCAAAGAAACAACAGGAAAUCCCUCCGUCCCAGGCGACCAUCUCCAGCAGCAGUCAAGAUGGCUCUGUUGACGAGGAACACCACGAGAGUUUCUCUGCAACGUAUCUGAAGGAGAGAAAGAAAAACGCGAAAGACCAUCCCGUAGGAGUUGCAAGUGCGAUACCUGCUGCUAGCAGGGCCAUCUGUGCAUCGUGGCAUCAGGACUGAUCGUCUCCUGCAGCAGUCUACCACACAGCGUCAUCACUGAAUGCUCCAUCGUCCAUGCGGUCCAACUCCACAUUUGCAGACUUCUCAUAUUACGCAUUGAACGUCGAAAGGUCUGUGACUCGACAACAUAUUCUAGAUGGAGAGCCGACUAGACAACUACGAAUGUGUACUGAUAUUCUUUCGUACGCAUGUGUGAAAUGUUGCAGACAAGCUUUGGUGAACAAUUUUGAGUGGCCAGCAGUCUUAGUAGCAAGUUAUCC